AAUACUUAUUACACAAAAACACAAAUGGGGAACCAAAGUAAUUGUUAUUAAAACAGAAAUCUAAUAAAAAUUUAAAAUUUACUAGAUUCUUCUGUUUCAAACAAGUGUAAACAAGAAAAUGUCUGGACCUAUGGUAUUAUGUCAAUUAUGGAUGGGUGGUUUAGAACCAUAUAUGACAGAAAGUUUUAUAAUGAAUGCUUUUCAUAAAAUGGGAGAACAACCACAAACAGUUAAAGUAAUGAGAAACCGUUAUACUGGUGAACCUGCAGGUUAUUGCUUUGUACAUUUUCCAACUGACGAAAUGGCACUUGAUGCUAUGCAUAAAUUAAAUGGCAAAGUGAUACCUGGUUCAAACCCAGCUGUAAGAUUUCGAUUAAAUCAUGCUAGUACCACAGGGAAACCAACAGCAGAAAGAGAAUUUAGUAUUUGGGUUGGAGAUUUAUCAACAGAUGUAGAUGAUUAUUCUUUGUAUAGAGCAUUUGCUGCUAAAUACAAUUCAAUCAGAACAGCAAAAGUAAUUUUAGACAGUUCUGGAUUUAGUAAAGGAUAUGGUUUUGUCAGAUUUGCUAAUGAAGAAGAACAAAAAAAUAGUUUGGUUACUAUGAAUGGAUAUAGAGGAUUAGGAACAAAAUCAUUAAAAAUUUGUAAUGCUGUUCCUAGGCCCUGGAAUAAAUUAUCGGGAUCAACUCCUCCACAAUCAUCAUCAGAAUAUACACCAUCAAAUUUAAAUUCAGAUGCUUAUAAUUAUUAUGAUACAUCAUCAUACUGGAAUAGUUACAGUGCAUGGCAACAAGGUUAUUAUGAAAGUGAACCCACCUCAGAUGGUUAUAGUAGCUAUGUAUCUGAUCAAAAACCCGAAGAAGAUGAAUUGGAAUUAAUUGAACAUUCAGUUCCUAUAGAUAUUGAUAAACUUAAUAGAGAAAUAAUAGAACAAGAUUAUAAUUUGUGGGAUGCAUUAGAAAGUUCAAAAUGGAUUCCAUGUGACACCUUAGAACUAUGUUAUUAAAUUCUUCAUAUGUAAAUUACCUUGA